CUUUUCCUUGUCCGUCAACCGCUUCAAGGUGUUAUACGACAGACUCCUCAGCACAGCAAGAUGGGUGAUCAACAGGUUUAUCCCCAGCCACCUUACCCGCUGCAUGACUCCAUCAAGGACAAGCUCGAUCCGGAAUAUGUCGAAUUCUACAACAAGUAUCUUUUGAACGCUCCCCAAGUUCACUACCAGCCCGUGGCCGCCUCCCGAGUCGGGGGAAAGAUAAUACCAGGCGGGACUGAUCCCGUGCCCGUAGGCAAGACCAUCGACAAGGCCAUCCCCCGCCAGGAGACGACAGGCCCAGACGUGCGCGUCCGUGCCUUUGUCCCCGCGGGCCAACCACCCUCCCCGUCCGGCUGGCCCGUGUUCCUCUGGUACCACGGCGGCGGCUGGGUGCUGGGCAACAUUGACUCGGAGAACAGCCUGUGCAGCAGCAUCUGCGCCCGCGCGCGCUGCGUCGUGGUCACCACCGACUACCGCCUCGCGCCCGAGCACCCCUUCCCCGCGGCGGUGCACGACGCCUGGGAGGCCGCGCUGUGGGUCGCGACGGGAGCGGCGGCUCCUGCCCUCGGCGAGCCCCUGGACCUGGCCAAGGUCGCCGUGGGCGGGUCGAGCGCGGGCGGGAACCUCGCCGCCGUGGUGACGCAGAGGGCGCUCCGGCACGAGGCGUUUGCCAGGGCGGGCUUGUUCAGGUUCCAGCUGCUCGUCGUGCCCGUGACGGACAACACCGCAUCCGUCGAGACGAGCACCACCUAUGCAGAAUACGAGCACACGGCCGCGCUGCCCGUCGACAAGAUGCUGUGGUACCGCCGCCACUACCUCCCCGACCGGGCGGACUGGGCGUCGGUCGAGGCGUCGCCGCUGUUUGCGGAUGCAGACACAUUUGCCAAGCUGCCGCCUGCGCUGGUGGUCGUUGCCGGCCUGGACGUGCUGAGGUGGGAGGGCGAGGAGUACGCGAGGAAGCUGCGGGACGCGGGCGUCGAGGCAGAGGUCAAAGUCAUCGAGGGGGUUCCGCACCCCUUCAUCGUCAUGGAUGCUGUGUUGCAAAAGGGUAAAGAGGGUGUCGACUUUGUCUGUGAGCGUCUGGCUGCCGUUCUUGCUUAAUCUGGAGUAUGCCGAAGAUACCCGUCCGUCUUGUUUAAUCCAGUUCGGUACAUGGGAUUCUCAUACAAUAACAUCCCACAACAAGUGAAGCCUAGUUUGGAAAGCUGUCUGGGUGUUUAUAUCUUGCAAGGCAUUGCAUGCACGCCUCAACGAAACGUGGACUUCAAACUUGACUUGCUGCUCAUCAUGUCCAACUGGACUUGUGAAUAUUGUCUCAUACUGCAGACAUUCGAUCCGCUACCAAGACUAGAUCUGGCAGAAACGCACCUAAAAUAAAG